AUGCCUUUCCCCCCCUUGCUAACCCCAUGCACCCCGAGUGUGGGCUGUCAUCUGCCUGCCCGUGAGCCCGAGCUUAUUACCAAGCUCUUCUUCCAACGGCGUGUUUCCGAAGGAUUCCACACACACCCCCUUCAGUCGAAGAAAGAACGGAUCAACCGUCUCGACAAACGGUACAUGGUACAUUACAUCCCACUCCGGCGUCCGGAGCCACUGUUGUCAACGGCUCACUGCAGCGAGGGCGUGUGCAUCCCCCCGAGCCGGGUACCGGGUGUUGGUUCCGACCAGGAACCCACCGGGGAGGCAAUACUUGGGAGCGCCCGCCGAAGUCAAUGUCAGCGACCCCCAGACCUCAAGAGCGAAGGGGAAAAGACCGCGAUGUCGCAGGGGGAUUCUGCGCCUCGCCCUGCCUCUCGCAAUUCAUCGCGGUCUCCGGCGACAGCGACAAAUACCGCAACCUCCCCCCCCCUCCAGCGAAGUCGUGCCUACCGAGAUGACUCGAGAUCACAACCGCCGCUUCGUGAUCCUAGCGGCUUUUUGGGCGGGAACGGGACUCCAGACACGCGCCGCAUAUCAAAUCCGGCUGGUUCAUACGCGAGCUUGCCUGGGCAGUCUCCGUCUCUGUCACAACCUUCGGCCUCGGGAGGGUCUCAACAGCCAGGCAUGGGGGCCGGCCAGUACGGGGCGGAGGGAUCUCCGUCCCAACACUUUAUCUACCAGACGCCGGGCCUUACCACUCCACGCUCAACACACCAGACCAUUCCCUCAACAACGUCUCCGGCGAGACCACCCACGUCGGCAGACCGGGGAUCUCCCCAGGCCGUCCAUCCGUACCCCAUGGCAGCGAGGCGGAUCCUGACACCGAAAUCGCCCAGGACAACGAGCCUGAGCCGAGCCGCGAUGAGGACAGUGGACGCACAGCAUCUCGCGACGAGCCUCCCAACCCCAGGGCCAAGAGGCGCUACUUCAGGGCAUGACGCCCAGACAUACGGCAGUGCAGCUUCGCCCCUCGGGCCACCACCGCAACUACGCAACCCCACCCCCGGACAGGGACCCGCGGCGUCCGGGCCAACCCGGCCAACAUCCAGCCUUGCCCGGUCGCUUUCGCACCCCAACCUAGGCCACGCCCCCCCACCAACGCCAGUCACCGAACCAUCACAACCCAGAAGCCUGAAGCGCGAGCACAGCGGGCGGCCGGUCAUGUCAGGGCCCCCAUUUGCGUCGCCGCUGUCUGCCAGCCAACAGUAUGGUGCAUCGGGGGUUAUGGGGGACCCGAGGUGGGGACCUGGGCUUUUCGGUUCAAUGCCUGCUGGCGGGGGAGGAAACGUAGGCAUGAACGAAGGGCAGCCGCUGUUGACCAUUACGCCGAGACAUGGCGACGAGAUCGUGGUCCCCAUUGACGUCCAUCAGGGAUCCAAACAGGCAGACCAAAAACGGCAGCGCAACGCAGGGGCUUCGGCGAGAUUUCGACAGCGGAAGAAGGAGCGUGAGAAGGAGCAACAAGAGGAAUUGCAGAAGUUGGAAAGCGACAACCGGGAGCUGGAGAGGAGAAACGAGGAGCUUGCGAGGCGCUUCCAGGCUCUCGAAGCCGAACGAGAAUUCUACCGGAACGAACGAAACCGGCUGCGGGAUAUCGUCUCUCAAAUGCCCGGCGGCAGCGAGUGGGCCGGUCGGGAGCCACCGAGCCCGAUCUUGGGAGCCGCAGGAGGCCCUUCUGCAUCCGACGGCAGCGUUAUGCUCGCUCACCAGGCGCCUCCGCCGCCCCCUCCGCCUCCUUCCCAUGGCCACUCGCAGUCCCAGCAUCACCAGGCCCCAUUCUACCAGUCUCUAGUCCAUCCACUCGCACACGCGAACUCCCGGUCUGGUUCUUACGGCGACUCAUCCGGGCUUGAACCCCCCGCAAGGCGGAGGAGGACCGAUUCCGAACCACAGCUCCCGACGAGCUCGUACAACCUCAUGACACCUACAACGUUGCCACCCAUUACCGGGCCCUCGCCGCCGCACUCCACCUUCGGCAUCCCCCCAUCGCCGCACGUUACACCACCCCUCGGGGUCGCGCGGUUGCCGCCGUUGCGGUUCGAUCAGGCUCGGACACCGUCGACAACGCCGCCCCCCAUCCCCACAGCGCCGCCUCCGCAACCGAUACCCUCUCAAUCCAAUAGCCCGUACAUCAGGGCGAGGAGGUUCCCCCACGAAACCGGGUGGGCGACGGAUCCGCGCCCGGAAACGGAGGGCGGCCCCAGGUGA